CAAAACGGCGUUUGGUCUCUAGGGUUUAAGGUUUAAUUUUCAGACAAAAAAAAAAAAAAAGAGUAGAAUUCAAAUCAAAAUCAUCGAGCUUCCUCUUUGGCGAUUGUUCUCAAGAAAGAAGAUGAUGAAUUCGUGUUACCAUACUCACUUCUCCUCCCUCAAGCUUCCCCAUUUCUUCACCCCAAAGAGCUUUGUGGCGUCUCCUCGUAGAGAAUUAAGAGUAUUCUCAGUAACAACCACCAUGGAAGACGCGUCCGGUAACAUUUCAGCGGCUCCAAUUUCUCUACCUGAAGGCUCGUGGAAACAGGUAGCUGGUGGAGUUACAGCUGCCAAAGGGUUUAAAGCUGCUGGCAUGUACGCUGGGUUACGAGCUUCAGGGAAGAAGCCCGAUCUCGCUCUUGUCACCUGUGAUGUCCACGCUGUAGCUGCAGGGGUGUUUACAAUGAAUGUGGUUGCUGCUGCUCCUGUAGUUUACUGCAAGAAGGUUCUUGAGACUUCCAAUACGGCGCGUGCUGUGUUGAUCAAUGCCGGUCAAGCCAAUGCUGCUACGGGUGAUGCUGGUUACCAAGAUAUGUUAGAUUGUGUUGGUUCUCUUGCCACGGUAUGUCUUUGUGUCUUUUCAUCCCAUGUCUCCUUCAAACCCUCAUAUCUUUCAACAUUGUUGCAGCUACUUAAAGUGAAUCCAGAGGAAGUGCUUAUUGAAUCAACUGGGGUUAUUGGUCACAGGAUUAAAAAGAAAGAGCUUCUCGAAGCACUUCCAUCGCUAGUCAACUCGAUGUCAGACUCUGUUGAACAGGCAGAUUCUGCUGCUAUAGCAAUCACGACAACGGAUCUUGUAAGCAAGAGUGUGGCAGUUGAAUCACAGGUUGGAGGAACCACAGUUCGAGUUGGAGGUAUGGCAAAAGGCUCUGGGAUGAUCCAUCCGAACAUGGCAACUAUGCUAGGUGUCAUCACAACGGACGCUCUUGUCGAAAGUGAUAUCUGGAGAAAGAUGGUAAAGGUUGCAGUAAACAGAAGUUUCAACCAGAUCACUGUAGAUGGUGACACGAGUACUAACGACACGGUCAUUGCUUUGGCGAGCGGACUAUCUGGAUCACCUUUUAUAUCUUCUUUGAACUGUAAGGAAGCUGUGCAGCUUCAGGCAUGCCUUGAUGCGGUGAUGCAAGGACUUGCCAAAUCAAUAGCUUGGGAUGGUGAAGGCGCAACCUGUCUCAUUGAGGUAACAGUGAAAGGAGCAGAGACUGAAGCUGAAGCAGCGAAGAUUGCACGCUCGGUGGCUUCUUCUUCACUGGUCAAAGCAGCUGUUUAUGGGAGAGAUCCGAACUGGGGACGCAUAGCUGCAGCUGCUGGCUACGCUGGGGUUCCUUUCCAGAUGGAUAAGCUUAGGAUCUCACUUGGAGAGUUCUCACUCAUGGAGAGUGGUCAACCUCUUCCUUUUGACAGGGAUGGAGCCAGUAACUACCUCAAGAAAGCUGGCGAGGUUCAUGGAACUGUUACAAUCGAUUUAUCAGUAGGUGAAGCUGCAGCCACCGGAAAGGCGUGGGGGUGUGAUCUUAGCUAUGACUAUGUCAAGAUCAAUGCUGAGUAUACCUCCUGAAACCUAGAGUCACAGUUUCAUGUAGUAUUGUUGUGUUAUGAUCUCAAUUUAUAAACUCAUUUUGCUUCAAAUAAGACAAUGUCAGUUCAAUAACAAGGUUCAACAAAUCUCAAUAGAAGCUUCACAAUAAUGUUUUGGAUUAAA